AAAAUACUUCGAAUACUGUUCUUGUUUGUAUAGCACGCUGCGCUUUUUUGUAGCUGAAUUUGACUAAACAUAUAAAUCAGUUAAGGGUGCAUCACCAUCAACAAGCAUAGUGGCGCAUCAGCCAGCCUUGAGAUGCGCACCGGAAGCAAAAACUAAGAGCAAAGAUGAAUCCUAUUUCGCUGUAUAUUACGAUAUCGCGGUUAGCGUUUAAGAGUGAUCUGCCAAGCGAGCUGCAGGAUCUGAACCGACUGCUGCCGUAUCUACGUAAAAGCCUCAGCUGCGUCGUUUGCUGCAAAUUGCUCGUAGAACCGCAAAGUCCGUCCGCGGCUGGUUGCCAGCACCAUGUAUGCCGCAAAUGCAUCGGAAAACGUAAGAAACUAAAGCCAGCGUGUCGCUUCUGCAAAGAUGCGCCACAGUAUACUGGGAACAUGCAGCUACGCAUCGUACUGCAAGGCUACAAGAAAAUCUGUCUGUAUAUCCGUGGACACUCGGUGUUUUCCGACAUUAAGAAAUGUGCUAUGGAGCAGAUGGGAGGUGUAGCGGCUGGAAGAACAGGGAACACCAACAACCACGGAGCGUCCCCUAACAGUCUUAUGGAUCUUAUCGAUGAGGGCGCAGAUUUUGAAGAUGAUUUCGAGUGUAACUCUGGUCUGACGAAGGCGGCCUACUCCAUCCUCCCCUGCAUUUUCCCAGUUCCGGUGGUGCGGAAACGAUCAAGCACCGGCAAAAUCAACCGUAAGGUACAGAAGUCUGGCGAUGGAAGGGCCUCAGCCGCCGCACGGCAAUGCUUCCCACAAGUAAUGCUGCGCGAAUAUCAAAAGCAAUCCUCUGAGCGAGAACAUUCGCGUCAGCAAAGGAAUCUGCAGCAGCAGCAGCAGCAGCAGCAGUACACACAGCGAAAACAGAAGCCGCGUUCCGAGCAGCAAUCCCACGGGCAGCUUCAAUCACAGGAGCAGAUCCAAGGACAACCACACCAGGGCUUUGAUCUACAACAACGACCCCAGCCAUCAGCACACGUUAGCUUGCCAAAAGUAUCACAAACACAACACCAUAUCCUUCAACCACAGCAACAAUCAACGCAACAACAGCAGCAGCAUAAUCAUCAACCACAGCAACAACAGCAAGUGCACGUAUUAAAACAAUCACAGCCACCACAGGUCGCAGUGGAGGCGCAGCAGCAGCUUCAACGGUUGCGACAACAGAUGCAACAAUUUAAACAGCAGCAGCCGCUGCAAUCGGCGCUGUCGCAAAAACCACAUCAGCAGCUAGUUCAGCAGCAACAUUCACAAUCAAUUCAACAGCAGACACAGCAAAGGCAACAACUACAGCAGUUGCAACAGCUUUCUCAACAACAACCGCAGCACCAGCUGCAACUACAACAUGCCAACAAGCUACAGCAAAAGCAACUCCAACAGCAGCACCUACAGCAAAAGCAACAGAAAUUACAAUUACAGCCAAAACAGCAGGAGCCCCAGCCACAACAACAACAACAGCAGCAGCAGCACUUGCAGCUGCAGCAAUCGCAACCGCAACCGCAACCGCAGCCGCAGCAACAGCAGCAGCAGCAGCAGCAGCAACAACAACUGCAGUUACAUCAAAAGCAACAGUUGUCCAAUCCUGCAAUACUAUCCCAACAGCAGCAGAAAUUGCAAUCUACUUCGUCUAUACCAUCUUCACAGCAGCAGCAGCAGCUGCCACAGCAACCGAAUAAUCUGCAGGCUUCAGUAUAUCAUAUUCAGCAACAACCGCAGCUGUUACAGCAGCAGCGAAUCAGCAAGCUGGGAAGUAGCCCGUUAAUCAUCCAGCCCACAAUUCGUCGGGUCAUUGCUUCUUCUCGCGCCGGUCCCACCAUUAUACAUGCAAAACUGCCACCGACACGAACCUCGGCCGUUCCAGCCAACAGCUCUUCCAUGGUACCCACGAAUCUGCUGCAGCCGGGGGCCGUCACUGCUGCGACGCCAGUCGUGAAGAAUGCUUGUCCUCCGACGACCCCACGCAUCGUUAACAUCACAACACCGCAGGAGAUCAAAUACCAGUCAGCUCCAAUCAAGACGGUCUCGAACGGCUCUACAAUGUACUCCGUUGUGUAUGCCAGCAACAGCAACAAAGUAUCGGUAAAGCGUAAAUCGGAUGUGCCGAUAACGAAGGCAACCAGCGCCUUUCCUUUGAAAAUCGCCGCGACCACAAUGCAAUCCCUCCAGCAACAUAAACCGAUAAGCAUCCCACCGAUCGACCAGCAGGCCAAACUCGUGCAGCAACCUCUAACGGCCCCGCUGCCUGUCGCUAGUCCAAGUCAGUUGUCUAAAUCGAAUUCACUCAGUCAACCGGUAGUUGGCCAGCCAUUGCAGCAACAGCAACAACAACGCCCAGCGCAGCUUCCGAUGCGCUCACAGCAACCGAUAGCAGCACAACUUUCUCAACAGCAAGCACUGGUUGCUUCUAAACCGCUCCUCCAGCGCACAGUGCCGUCGCAACUCAUGGCUGAUCGUGUGAAUGUAGCACCUCGUGCACAGCACGUUGUGUUUCAACAGACAUCGAGGCAGGGCCAGCCACAGCAGCUGAAAGUAUUAAAUCAAUCGCUAGGGCAGCUGCAACAGCAACCAAAGUUGAUCCAGCUACAAGGAGCUGUCCCACAGCAGCCACAGCAACAGCUACAACUGCAGGGACAGCAUCAGUUACCUCCGCAACCACACUUGCUCCAGAAAAAGCUGUUGCUGCAUGCUGGAACUCAAAAAUCACCUCAAGUGCAACAGCAGUCGCCGCAGGUACAACAACAGCAGCUCGUGCAGCUGCAACAGCCGCAGCAGCAGCAGCAGCAGCAGCAGCAGCAAUCGCAGCCUCAACCGCAAACGCAGCAGUCGCAACAGCAGCAGCAACAGCAACAGUUGCUACAGCAACAAUCAAUUAAGCGGAAAGGCUGUCGUUGUGGGAAUGCUACGCCCACUCCCGGCAAGUUAACUUGUUGCGGUCAGCGUUGUCCCUGCUACGUUGAUUCUAAAUCGUGCGUCGACUGUAAGUGCCGCGGAUGUCGUAAUCCACACCGUGCUGAUGGACUCAAGAUUCGGCGAAGUCUUUCUGAACUGUUACAGCAAUACAACACCCCAACCUCGGUCGAAGGUAGCAGCGCUGGCGAUGUCAAGGAUGGUACAAAGAUGGUGUUGAGUGGUAUGGGAACAAAUCUAUCUGCUGGUCCAUCUGGCAGCACCCUGAUCGCAGGGCCGAAAAUAGCGCCUAUCACUUACAGCAUGACCGCUGCAAAAAUGAGCCAGGAAGCAGUUGUCAAUGCUAAUAGCACCGGUGGAGGUAAUGUCAAAGCGAUGAACACUGGCCAACAUCUCCAACUAUCCAAGACUCCAGUCACAGAAGGGACUAGUGUUGCAGCUUCCGGUGUCCCGAAAACAAUAUGUACCCCGCAAACGGUUAUGUAUAAAACGGGAAAGCCAUUGGUGAAUCGCUUUCUACCUACUAUGCAGCCGGUACCAGUGGCGACAGCUUCCACUAGCCUAGUCAGCGAUACCAGUGUGUCGGUUCGGCCGUUCGUGGGAGGUUUUGUCAACGGCAAUUCAACUACUACGGUGAGCUAUCUACCGGUAGCGGCCACCAGCGCCCUCUCAACAUCGUCAUCAGCAUCGUCGUCGUCGGCUACCAUCUUGACCAGUGGCUCUGGUUCUACAUCCACCGUUAAUACAGGUUUGUUUUUCGGCGUGGACAGCGCAAAAUCGCUGUCUCUAUCGGUAAGUACACCAGCUACAACGACCGCCACCGGUCAAUACGGGCGCCUCUGGGCUCGACCGAAUGACGCGAAGCAAACGGUGUCCACCUUCGCGGGAAAUGUGAACAUUGCCGAUGGCGUAGCGGGGCCAUCGAAGACGAAUGCCCAAGGGGGAUCACUUGCGCCGCAGAUAAGAGCACGCAGUGUAGCUAAGCCGGACGCAAUGCUCGGGCAGACCUCGAACCAGUCAAGCCUCAGCAGCACUACCACCAACUUCCCCUCCACUUCCUUCUCCACCACGAAUCCUCGCAGCUCUCCUUCUGCAACGCGCUUUGGAUCGGAUUCAUCCACCCUCGCGUACUGCUCACCAAUCUCAUCCACCACCGAUUCCUCACUAAUGAUGUUGAACGCUGCGGCUGCCUCUAGCAACCUGUCGAGCAACAACAAUCUUGUAUUUCUCAAUCCAAGUCACGGACUUCCAAGCGAUUUGGCAAACCUUACCGGUUAUGAUGUCAUUCUUGAUUCGGAUGGUGGACUGGAUCUUUGUCAAGAUCUAGAGCUUAAUGCGGCCAACCUGAUGACAUUCGACUGAUUGGACCCAAGCGAAAGUUUAACGGUCGCAGGCGGAUAGCUCCACCGUCCUGAAACUGAAAGAGUAAAGUUAAACCUUUUGUAAAAACACAUCACUUGGCCUUUUUCAGCCAAAAGUAUAGUUUAACAGUCAAGAAAUUGAAAAAGGUGAAGGUCCCGAUUCUUUACAGAACAGUCAUUCGUGUCUGUUAACGCUUAACAGACCCGCAAGCAGAAAAUUUUCGGGUCUGUUAAUGUUUAACAUUUUUAACAAGAAUUCACCCUUCGGCAAGGUUCAUGGAUGCUCUUUGUCAAUAGAGGUGGGCUCUUACUUAUGCCGGUGAUAGUGUAUGGAGAUUUUAAUUUGCAAUCAUCAGAGCUUUUUAACCCUCACUAGCAGCUAAUCGUUUGGAAUAUGAAAUUAUGUUGUAUACUUUUCGGAUAGGAUAGUUCUACCGCGACUGGCAUAUCCAAUUCGUUUGCCGACAUUGGCAGCUAUGCGAAUUGGUUUUGGUUAUUCGCAAAACUGUGUGCUUAGCUUUCCUUUUUAGCAGUUUUAAGCUUUUGGUUUGCUUUAAUCUAUAAAAAACAGCUCUAUAUGAUAAAGUUUCAAAAACUAUCUGCUUCCGAUUUAUCCGGUAGACGAUCGAGUAAGGUCAUUUUUUUUACUAUUAGGCUGUUUCAUUGGUAAUUGCCGGAUUUCCAUGCAGAUAGCAAUGACCAUUGUUUUAGCAGUACCAACCUAAUAUGAUUUAUUGUAUCAAAUUUCAGAGUAAAAGACUAACAAAGGUCCCCCGCUUUCGGCGAGCUACUGAGGGUCCGAAAAAAAUUAACCGCUUUUAACUGAUUUGUAAUUUUUUCACCCCUCCUCCCUUCCCAAAUACAUUUAAUUGCGUUUCCGUAUAUUUUAAUGUAGGUUUGUUUACUAAAACUGUAGAAAUUAGCGAUUUGUUCGGCCACUUUAGUCUUUAACCAAUUUAUUUAUUUUUUUCCGUUGUUAACUACAACUUUUCAAGAAUAUUUUGUAGUUUUUUGGGAAAUAUUUGUUAAAAAUAUCAUCAAUGGUAUCAUAUUUAGAAACGCGUGUCUGUAAAAAUGUACUAUUUUUGGUGCCCAUCGUAGCCGCGUGAUAGG